AUGAAACACAUUUCAUUGGAUGUUGAAGUUGUUGGAUUUCCUGAUGAAUCAACCAUGGUUUCGUACUUGUUGUUCAAUGAUUCAGCAAAGAGCUUUUUCGGUGCUGUAGUCUAUGAUGGAAAAUGUUCAUCUACAAAUUUGUCCUACACGAUCCGCUUGAGGAACGAAGAAAAUUGGUUUACAUACUUGCUGUAUCCGCACUUCAUUCAGCGGCGACCACGUUCGUUCGAGUUUCACGCCUCACCUCCGGCAUACUACUCCAGCGGGUUUCUGGCUAUCCAGCAUACAAUUGACGAAGCCAUCACUUCGAAGUUAUGCGGUCAAAACCCUGCGAUUGAUUUCAAGUUAUCACUGAAACGCAUGCCGUUCCCACCCUACCUGAACGACUAUUUUGUGGACGUGAUUCAAUCCCAGUUCUCUGAUGUUAUUGUUUUGGGUAUUAUGUUUCCAGUACUACACGCCAUACGCUUGACACUUACUGAAAAACAAAAAGGCACAAAACUUUUGGCCCAACACUAUCAUGAGCUCGGUUUGGCAACCAAACUCAUCCUGUCCCUGAUUCCGAGUAUCGGGAUGGGUUUUGCUGGCAUGCUGGUCGGAAAAUUUGAAGGCCGUGGUAAGUGA